AUGGCCGUAAUAUGGGGCCUGGACCUGAAGGAGAUGCAAUGGGGCAAGUUCAAGAACAGCUACAUGUGGAACAAGGAGUACCACCUCCGCCGGACAAAGUUCAUCGUCUACCAGAUCGCCAUGAUCUUCUGCGUUGUGAGCGAGAGCUUGGGUACAGCGGCACUUAGUGAUUACGUUGACCAGCAAGACUACGUCGCAGCGCACUCACCCAGCGCUGAGACCACUACCGUCCACAACGACGACUUCAUCGGCAUCGCCUCGUACAACAUCUUUGUCGGCAUCUACGUCGCUACCAUCUUCGGCUCGGCCUUCUUCUUUGACCUCUUUUGGCCUGAACGCAUGGAAUCUAAGGCGGUAAAGUUGGCAUGGCGCAUAUGCUCCGUCCUCGCAUGCCUCUUCACCCUCGCCUGCGCUCUAGCGUACACCGUCAUCGUCGCAACCCGCUCCGCGUACGUCACAGGUGCCGAUGCGGCGACGGUGUCGAGGCUACUCGCAGAGUAUGGAGGCAGCCCUAUGCGGUAUCGUAACAAUGGACGCGCGAUUGCCAGCGUGGUCUUCUUGUGGCCCGGCAUGCUCGCUACGUUCGCUAGCACCGCACUCCUCUGGCACUCCCUCUCACACAUCGAUGCCCACGGCCCCAAGUCCACGCACGCACGCACGCGCGACGACGUCGGCACCGAUCCCACUGAGAAGCCCAUCGUUCCCGACAGCGCGGCUACGUCGUCGCCUGAACGGGGCGUAACCUCGAACGACGGCACUCAUUCCUCUGUUUAG